UCUGCACGAUGGACUGCUGCUGCUCAGUUCUAUCACAACUCAAGAGCUCAUUCGCCUACCCAAGAUGGCCAAUUCAGCUUCCCCGAUGUUUCUGCUGAGAACAUGUGGAUCAAUCCACAACAGCUUGUUUCCAACUUUAUCCAGAAGAACACAGCCAUCAGGACACCACUUUCUCUGGAGGACAUCGCUAACAUGAAUAGGAAGCGGCAUGUCCAGGAAGGAGGUAUGAUCCGCAGCGGUGGGGCUGAUGGUCCAUUGGAAUUGGAAGCUAUAGCUGCUGUUCAUGAAUUGUCCCAUGAAGUGCAAGAUAUAAGUGUGUCAGAAAUGCUACCAAGAACCAGUGAUUUGAUCUUUGUCAAUGUGAAAACUCAAGAAGGUUAG